CGAAGAUGGCUUGGAGUUAGGGAGGAGUGGGGAGGUGUCCCUUCCGCCGUUGCUGUCCUUUAUCUGCUGCAUCCCACUGAGUGCCUCCCUCACCAUUUCCUCCUCUUUGUGAGAAGCAGGACUUGCCGUUGUUCUGGCCUGCCUGGUCUCUUCCAAGGGAUUGAUGCCGUUUCCCUUGCUUAUCUCUGGGGUUGACACAGAAGGGAUGCGGGUUUACUCCUUGUGAGUGUCACUCCAACUCUGUGGAGCUGGUGGUGCUGCCUGGUGAGGCUCCACGUCUCCGCCUGGGACGUGGAACAGGUUGGAGCAGGGGAACGACAGGGAAGAGUGAAGCGAGGGGUUGCUUUUCUCUGCACCCUCCGUUCUUGGUCUCGUCUUUCCAGCCCUGGGACCCUGGCGGGCGUUCUUACAGGGAGAUCUGCAGAGAGUUCCAGGAAAGGUGGAGCAGGACCCACCUGAUUCGGCGUCAGUGAACGAAAAUGUCUUUAUUUAAAGCCCGUGAUUGGUGGUCUACUGUUCUGGGAGAAAAAGAAGAAUUUGAUCAAGGCUGUUUGUGUUUGGCUGACGUUGACAAUACUGGAAAUGGACAAGAUAAAAUAAUUGUGGGUAGCUUUAUGGGAUACCUAAGAAUCUUUAACCCUCAUCCUGUAAAAACAGGAGAUGGAGCUCAAGCUGAAGAUAUGCUUCUAGAAGUGCAUCUACGAGAUCCAAUACUGCAAGUGGAAGUAGGAAAGUUUGUUUCAGGUACUGAAAUGCUUCAUUUGGCUGUGUUGCAUUCUAGAAAACUUUGUGUCUAUUCUGUCUCAGGAACCUUAGGUAAUGUGGAACAUGGGAACCAAUAUCAGAUCAAAUUGAUGUAUGAACAUAAUCUUCAGAGAACAGCCUGCAAUAUGACUUAUGGAUCAUUUGGUGGUGUGAAAGGUCGAGAUUUAAUUUGUAUCCAGUCUAUGGAUGGGAUGCUGAUGGUGUUUGAACAGGAAAGCUAUGCUUUUGGGAGAUUUCUCCCUGGUUCACUUUUACCUGGCCCUCUUGCUUACAGUUCUCGUACUGAUUCCUUCAUUACUGUCUCUUCCUGCCGUCAAGUGGAAAGUUACAAGUACCAAGUACUUGCUUUUGCAACGGAUGCAGAUAAAAGACAGGAGACUGAACAACAAAAACUUGGUUCUGGAAAAAGACUUGUUGUGGAUUGGACUCUAAAUAUUGGAGAGCAAGCCCUCGAUAUAUGUAUUGUCUCUUUCAAUCAGUCAGCAUCUUCUGUAUUUGUUCUUGGUGAAAGAAACUUUUUUUGCCUUAAGGAUAAUGGACAGAUUCGAUUCAUGAAGAAACUUGAUUGUAGCCCAAGUUGUUUCCUCCCAUAUUGCUCAGUUUCUGAAGGAACAAUAAAUACUUUGAUUGGAAACCAUAAUCAGAUGUUGCAUAUUUAUCAGGAUGUGACACUGAAGUGGGCCACUCAACUUCCCCACAUUCCUGUGGCAGUAAGAGUGGGCUGUUUACAUGAUUUAAAGGGAGUGAUAGUCACGCUGAGUGAUGAUGGUCACUUGCAGUGUUCAUACCUGGGGACAGACCCUUCUUUGUUCCAAGCUCCAAAAGUUGAAUCUAGAGAACUACACUAUGAUGAACUUGAUAUAGAAUUGAAAGAACUUCAGAAAAUCAUCAAAGAUGUUAAUAAAUCACAAGGUAUUUGGCCCAUGACUGAGAGAGAAGAUGACUUGAAAGUUUCUGCUGUGGUUUCUUCUAACAUUGAUACAGUGUCUCAAGCUACCGAUGUUGAAGUGGGAACUGACCUUGUCCCUUCAGUCACAGUUAAGGUCACAUUGCAGAAUCGACUGGCUUUGCAAAAAGCCAAAUUAUCAGUUUAUGUGCAACCACCAUUAGUAUUGACUUGUGAUCAGUUCACCUUUGAAUUUAUGGCACCAGAGAUGAGUAGAACAGUAGCCUUUUCUGUUUAUCUGAAAGGGAGUUAUACCCCACCUGAAUUGGAAGGAAAUGCUGUUGUUUCUUAUUCCAGACCAUCAGAUCAAAAUCCUGAUGGCAUUCCUCGGGUUAUCCAAUGUAAAUUUAGACUUCCUCUGAAACUAAUCUGUCUACCAGGUCAGCCUUCAAAAACUGCAAGCCACAAACUAACUAUUGAUACCAACAAAUCUCCAGUCAGUCUUCUCAGUCUCUUUCCAGGCUUUGCCAAUCAGUCCGAUGACGAUCAGGCGAAUGUAAUGGGUUUUCGCUUCUUAGGAGGUUCCCGAGUUACUCUUCUUGCUUCUAAAACCUCUCAACGAUAUCGCAUCCAGAGUGAACAAUUUGAAGAUCUUUGGCUCAUAACAAAUGAGCUUAUUAUCCGCCUUCAAGAAUAUUUUGAAAAACAGGGAAUCAAAGAUUUUGCCUGUUCUUUUUCUGGAUGUAUGCCCCUUCAAGAAUAUUUUGAGUUGAUUGAUCAUCAUUUUGAGUUGCGGAUAAAUGGUGAAAAAUUAGAAGAACUCUUAUCUGAAAGAGCUGUACAAUUUCGGGCCAUUCAACGUCGACUAUUAACAAGGUUCAAAGAUAAAACACCUGCCCCCCUCCAACACCUGGACACCUUGCUAGAUGGAACUUAUAAGCAGGUAAUCGCUCUAGCAGAUGCAGUAGAGGAAAACCAAGGCAGUCUGUUCCAGUCAUUCACCAAGCUGAAAAGUGCCACCCAUUUGGUGAUUCUGCUGAUGGGGCUGUGGCAGAAGCUUAGCACCGACCAGAUUGCUAUUCUGGAAGCAGCAUUUCUGCCGCUGCAACAGGACACUCAAGAAUUGGGCUGGGAAGAAACAGUGGAUGCUGCCAUUUCCCACCUCUUGAAGACUUGCCUCUCAAAGAGUUCAAAGGAGCAGGCUUUGAACCUCAGCAGCCAGCUGAACAUACCCAAAGACACAAGCCGACUCAAGAAACAUAUCACCUUGCUCUGCGAUAGAUUAGCCAAAGGUGGACGGCUCUGCUUAAGUACGGAUGCGGCAGCCCCACAGACCAUGGUCAUGCCAGUAGGUGGCUGUACUACCAUCCCAGAAUCAGACUUAGAAGAAAGAUCAAUAGAGCAAGACUCCACUGAACUGUUUACCAACCACAAGCACCUCAUUGUAGAGACGCCCAUGCCUGAAGUUUCACCCCUCCAAGGAGUCUCGGAAUAGUUCAAGUAGAGUUGUCUGGUUGAGGGGAAGAUGGCUUUCUCAAGGCUGAUCCUGUGUGGACCUCAGGCCAAGCACAAAUGUAGGGCUGGCCCGGUGCUUCAUCCAUCUCACCUGCUCGGAGAUGAUACUAUGUAGACUAGGGAUUGGGAUUUUUUAUUAUUAUUAUUAUUGUGCGAGGAGGAUUUGUAAUACCCAAGGCAAGUCAGUUGAAACUUAGAAGGGAAAAAUAUUGCUGCUUUUUAGUCACCUGUAUGCUUGCAGCCAUCGGAUAUAGUGAGAGGACAUCUUUUGGGGACAGACUUUAUAAGGCAGAGACCUAGAUCCAAAGUAAUUUAAUACCCUGUUCUUUUCACAGAAUUCUUAUAUAGUAAAUGUAUCAACUUUAAUAAAGCAUCUCAUUGUCCAACAA